GACGGAGGUGCUGGUAGUGGUGGUGGUACGAAAGUGCAAAAAUGUGAAGAGCGACGUCGGGGUUGUGCAGUCGACGCGACUCCGCGGAGAUGUCCAGGGCUUAAUUUUAUCGUGUUAGACGACUCUGCACCACCUCCGCGAAGGCGAUCGCUUUCUGCUCCCAGCGCGAUGAUGAGUAUCGAUGCCUCCACUUCAGAUAAAGCUGCUGCUGUUCCACUUGCUGGUGGCGUCCCUUACUUACCAGUUGAUCCCUCGCACCGUGUCCGUCUAGUAUCAUCUGAGUAUUAUAAUGAAGGUACGACAUCCACAUCUACAUCUUCCUACCAGCAUACGAUGCAGCCUCACCUAGUACUGGGGGAUCUUCUGCCACAAUGCAGAAGCCCGCCACCCCCACCGCCACGAGCUUCUGACGAGCCUGGCUGUAGAAACGCUAUCUUGGAGAAACAGGAAGAAGAUCGAGAUGAAGCAAGGCCUACUGCAGAGAGUGAAGCUUCAUGUACAAGGACGCCAGAAGUUGCGCUCGAUGAAGAUCUUCCUAACUUUACCGACAGCCUGCAGGCAAAAACGCGAGAACAGGAUGAAGAAAAGGUAUGUAGCAGCAAACCAGAACAGCACAUUUCGAUAUCUAUCGCAACCCCAGGCGGAAGUCGCACAACCUCUCGCGGUGAUGACGAUACAGCGACAACAACAGGAGGGACGCCCCCGCUUGAUGUUGAUGUAAUCAGUUGCACAGAACUCGACAGGAGUGGGUAUAGGAAAUGGACUCCACCUGAGAAGAUGAUCAAUCACGAUGAUGAUAGCGCUCUUCAACAUCGGGCUAGGAGUAAUGGAAAUAUUAUCCAUGGUCUUCAUGAUCCACUGGCGCGAACAAGUAUUACGAGUACAGCGACGCGGAGAGAGUAUGACCUUGCUGGUCGUGGAGGUAGGGAAACGGUAGUUCCUGUGGCCGAACAUAAUGAAGUUGUUCUCUUGACACCACGGAAAGUUGAAUUUGCUGUACGCCUGAAUGGCGUUGUAUUGGAAGAGACUGCUCCUUCUCGUCUGUCUGGUGCGUCCGAGACUCCUGAGACAGGACAUCUUUCGCAACUAGAAGAAUCACAACAAAAGUUACAUCAAAGACAAAGUUCAGCAACUACCACGGCCCGUCGAUUCAUCACAGGUGGCUAUGUGAAGCAGGUAGGGCUGGAAGAAACAAAUGCUAGGACUUUCUCAACGACUCAUCUAUCACAUUUAGCAUGCUCCUCCGUUGACGCAGAGUGGAGGCAGAGCUCCUACUUGGCACAGUAUACGCCUACGCCUGCUCCUACCAGUGUUGUUGGGCAUGCGCUUCCACCUCAGCAGGGCUCUUCAUCGCCAGAAUUGAAGCUAUCUUCCCGAUCACUUCCAUCAAGAAUUUCCGGGGGAACGCUUGAAAUGGCUCGUGAAAUUUAUGUCCCGAAUGCCAGAAUCUCACUUUUUUCCGCAACGCUUUCUCCUCAGCGCGGUACCGGGGAAGAUACUAGUAGAGUAAAAACGAAUCAUAUCAUUAGAGAACAACAUGAGGAUGCCCAUGCCUCUUCGACGUCCUCACGACCAGCGUCUUCUCUCAAUACGCCCUCUCGAUCCUUAGGGUACAACGCACGAGGAGCGUCGUCUUCUAGUAACUACUUCAUAGAGGAAGACCAAGCAUCUUCGUUUCUGCGAUCCAAAGGCUUUCCGGCUGAAGAACCUAAGGUUGUAGUAUCGGAAUCGAGAUUAGAAGAACAAGAUCAAGCGAAGAACCCUCGAGGACAGGGAGGCCCCGCCAUGCAUAACGCGACCUCGAUAAGCUGUAGAUCGACCGGAUUAAGCCUCAAGAACUGCACUAAGCCUGCUACGAGUGACGUCCAAUCUUCUCACCACCACCAAGACGAAUACAUUGACAACUUACCUGCCGCUUGCAGCUCUUCAGCGCUAACACUAGUCCGCGAUGAGGAGAGAGAACAUCAUGGAGAGCAACAGCAUUUCCACCUCCCAGCAAUGAACCAGAGUAGAUCUAUUCAGCACGUGCCUUGGUUACGAGACACUGGAGGUGCUCAGCACGUGCCUUGGUUACGAGACACUUCGUGUGGGGAGAGGACUUCUUUUGAUGUGUCCUCUUUUGGCGCAUGUUCGCAGAGAUUCUCACCUUGGUCUCGUGACAUUUCCGGAGCUUCGUCGACUGGAAGUGGUGGCUCUUCAACCAACACAAGGGGACCACAUUAUAAUGAUAAUAAUUACGUGAGUAAUCGAUUACUGGCGAACGGUUGGGAAUUUUUUCAGAUUUCGUCAGAGCAUGAUUUGGCCUCGUUCGCAAAUCCCAGGUGUUCAUCGUGGGAAGCACAAAAUAGGGCUUCUGCUUCUCCUGCAGUUACCUCGGAGUCGGAUGUUGAUCUCGUUUUUUCCGAUGAUUAUGUUUUGAAGAAGCGGUGGCACGAUAGAAUGGAAGCGUCGGACAAUGGGAUAGCGGCUGUGGAAUUGCGUAUAUUGCAAAGUACAACUACAGUUAACUAUGAGGGGGAUCAAUUGACGUCAUCAACAUCGUCAUCUUUUGUGGCUCAGAUCUACCCGCGUUUCACUCUAAGCCGGACGGCUUUGCUCGUCUUGAAGCGGGAGAAUAAGGAACAAGUAGAAGGGAGCCUUGAGAAUCAACACGUCGAAUGGCAUUACCUGUUACAACUAGAGCCAGCAGAGGUGCGCAUCCUUCGCGAGGAGGAUGAGAAGGUGGUUGGCAGGAAAAUCGCCUCAUUGCUCGUCCAUUUUUUUGCAAAUCGUCAACAUCAAUCGGCGACAGUGAUGGGAGGGUAAAGGUUUGAUAAUAUUAUAUGCGAACUUCAUGAUCAUGAUCGUAUCUGUAUCAAUCUGUAUCUGUUAUAAUUGUUGGUCUAUGAUAAGUAAACUAGUACAAUAUUUUCCGAUGAUCCAUAAUUGCUGCCACUAUUACUACAUUGGAUCAUCGAGCACUUUUUAUAUUCCACUUGAUUGACAUAUGAUUUGUUCAUCAAGCACAAGCACAUGCCGCUACUUACAGAGGAGUACUAGAAGAAGUAACAAACACAAACGACAAAAAUAGAGCAAAGGAUAGUUCUUCAUUGAUUUUUCGUUGGUGCGUAUGAGCUAGUUUGGUCCCGAUUGAACAAUUUCAAUUGUCCGUGAAAAUUAUAUUCUUGUGAAUAUCAUCAUGAUCAUGGUCGAGGUCGACCACGAACACCACGAGGCGGGUCGUGGACGAGAGGUCACUCGCAAGCAAGACCGUAGUUGUGAAAAAUAAUGACGACUAUAGCGGAGUCCUUGUCCUUGAACCACAAACAACAUACUACAUUCGUCAGGGGGGUCGUCUUUGUCUGUAUAAUAGCAUAUUGUCGUGCACCGUAGAACUAGUGUGAUCAACAUCAAAUAUAUCAGAUAGAAAGACUAUGAGUAGCGUUAGAAAUAUUGCACGUAGAUGAUUCAAAAACGAAUCGAUAAUCAUCAGAGCUCUCGCAUAAAACCGGGAAGAUGCUUAGUUAGAGUUAGUCUUAGUUGUUAAGUUGGCUUGGACUUAGAGUUUUCCAAUAGAUGAUACCACCAUCAUCCUCGUCGAGAAGCUCGAGUUGUCGUUUCUGUGUGUCUAAAACUGGUUACUUCGUUUUCGUUUCUAGUUCCAGUCAAGGUGUAGUCAAAAUCAAAGAGACGACCCUGCUCUAUAUCAUUCAACUAGCUCUUUGGAGUGGUUCCCCAGGGGCAGGGGUCAACGGAAUUUCAAAACAUUUGCUAGAACAAUGAACUGCAGGUGAAUGUGCAAGAAAAGCAAACAGAUGCUUCGCCAAAAUAAAUGUGAAAUAGCAUCAGUCUCGUCUUCUGGACG